AUUUUCCUGUCACACGUCAAAAAUUAUCUGAAACAUCUCCGUGCUGUGAUAAACAAUAAUAAAAUAGUGGCGAAAAUCGUUACUACUGGGCUUAAAAUUGUGUCUCAGAGCCGCGUUCUUUGUAAAUAUAACAGUUUAUAAACACAAAGUGAUCCAGACGUAUGUGGCCCACCGUGUAAUGUGCGAUAGCUGAAAAACCACUCGUUAUGGCAUCUGGUUCCAAAAAUGAUAUAGUUAAUAGAUUGCUUAACGUGAGGCUGGAAGACGGAGGUGGUGGAGAUGAGCCACCGCCGCAGAACAUGCUGCCGUCCAACCAGCAGGCGCGGCAGCUCGGGCAAAUACAGGAGGAAGACAACGGAGAAGUGAGCGAGCCAGCCUCGUCUGUGGCGAUAGAGAAUCCCCAACCAAUUAAUAACACUGGCGGCCGCCUGCACAACUGGCAGGCGACGAAGACGACCGUCAAGGAACGACUGUCGUUCCUCUUUAACAAUGAAAUUCUGAGUGACGUGCAUUUCAUCGUCGGCAAAGACGCCAACCAGCAAGUGAUACCGGCGCACAAGUUCGUGCUGUCCGUGGGCAGCGCGGUGUUCGACGCCAUGUUCAACGGAGUGCUGGCCACCAAGUCUGAUGAGGUAGAGCUGCCUGAUGUGGAGCCCGCAGCCUUCCUCCAUUUGUUAAAGUUCCUAUACUCGGACGAGGUGCAGAUUGGGCCGGAGAGUGUGAUGACUACACUGUAUACUGCCAAGAAGUAUGCUGUGGCUGCACUGGAGGAGCAUUGUGUUGAUUUUUUGAAGAGUAAUUUGGGGAUGGACAAUGCAUUUCUGUUGCUGACACAAGCUCGGCUGUUUGACGAGCCACAGUUGGCCUCAUUGUGCCUGGAGAUGAUAGAUAAGAAUACUGCUGAUGCAUUAAAUGCUGAAGGGUUCACAGAUAUAGACCAAGACACACUAAAUGCUGUGCUGGAGAGGGAUACUUUACGCAUCAGAGAAGCAAAGAUCUUUGCAGCAGUGCUCCGCUGGUCAGAAGCCGAAUGUAUUCGAAGACAGGUACCGGUCACUCCAACCAACCAAAGGAUGGUUCUUGGAAGAGCAUUCAACGCAAUCAGAUUUCCUCUAAUGUCUGUAGAAGAAUUUGCAAUGGGUCCUGCGCAAAGUGGCCUCCUGGAUGACCGGGAGAUUGUACAGUUGUUCCUAUACUUUACUGUGAAUCCUAAACCCAAUGUUGGGUUCCUAGAUACUCCAAGAUGUUGUAUGACUGGCAAAGAGCUAACGGUGAAUAGAUUUCCUCAAACAGAAUCGAGAUGGGGCUACAGUGGACCGACAGACAGGAUUAGGUUUACGGUUGAUCAGAGAAUUUUUGUGGUCGGCUUUGGACUGUAUGGGUCGUAUUUUGGGCCAACGGAGUAUGAGGUGCACUUACAGAUAAUCCACUUGGCGACGAAAAAGGUGUGUGGUUCGAAUACAACGACGUUUUGCUGCGACGGCACCGACGACACUUUCCGCGCCAUGUUCAAGGAGCCGGUGGAGAUACUACCCAACACUUCCUACAUAGCCAGUGCUAAACUUAAGGGUACUGAUUCCUACUAUGGAACGAAAGGUCUUCGGCGUGUAACAGUCGACUGCAAUAACGGUGAGAAAGUCGUAUUCCAAUUCUCAUACGCUGCUGGUAACAACGGCACUUCGGUAGAGGACGGCCAAAUACCGGCCAUCAUAUUCUACAUAUAAUCUCAUUGGCAACACUAGCCAUUAAAAUUUAGGGCUGGCAACAUUUGUUUGCGGCUAGUUGUUUUUUUGUUCUAUUUAAUACUGCUGUAUUCUGUAUUGUUAGUCUGAAGAACAAAUCUAUUAAAGAACAUAGCUUCUUUAUUUAAAUUUUCUAAUUCUUAGAUUUUUGGCAUCAUAUCUGAUGUGAUAUAAAAGGACAAAAGUAUGCAACAUACAAGUUAAGAAAGAAUUGACGAAUCAUUAGAACUUAAAACGGGAUAUUUACCAUGUUUAUUAGUUUUUGUGAGUUUUACGUAUGAACUGCAACUGACAUGAAAAUAAGCGACAACUGAAAAAAAAGAAUUGACGAAUGUUGAUGAAAGACAAGAUUGAUUUAUUUGGCGAUAUUUUAUCAAGAUUUUAAUAGUAUUUUGCUCCAUAUCAAGCAACAGAGAUAAUUAUUUAGGGCUUGGAACAAUGUAGUACAAGUAUUAAAUGUACUUACUUCAGAGCUCGUUUUCAUAAUCCGUGGUGUGAGUCCAGGGCAUUCCUGGAGUCCAGGAUGUGGACUCAUUACAUAAAAAGUAAAUGCUAAACUUAACAUGUGCAGUGUGUACUCCUGCCUACCCUCCCAAAUUGAGUUUUGUACGAGAUUUGCAGUCUGAAAUUGAAUUCGUAAGUCCUUUGUGAUAUCGGUUGUCAUGUCUUUUUGCAUUAAAACUUUUAUUU